GUCACCGCUGCGCGACCGGAAGCGGCGGGAGGAGGCGAAGGGGGCAGGAGGAGGAGGCGGCGGCGGUGCCGGAGCGGCCCCGCUGACUCUGAUGCUCAGCAAGUGACCUCUCUGCAGCUGCCAAGAUGGUAAUAAACGUCUGUCUCCCGCAGUUCAAGCCAAGAAUUCACUGCAACAAGAUCUCUGCCGAUGGCUACGAGGUGGAGAACCUGAUCUCCGAGGACCUGGCCAGGAGGAACCGCGGCUUCCGCAGCGAGUACUUCAUCAAACCCCCGGUGCACGUCACCAUCUCCUUCCCCUUCAACGUGGAGAUCUGCAGGAUCAACAUUGACAUCUCCUCUGGGGGCUACCAGACCUUCUCUGGCCUGGAAAUUUACACCUCUACCUCAUGCAACAAAACCUCUUGGCAGAGCCCUGAGGGGCAGUGCUCAGGUCUGCAGCCUGUGUCGGACAAGGACACCUUCACCCUGGUGGGCAAAGCUGUCUUAAAAAAUCAGAGCAAAGUGACUUUUGGCCACAGAGGCUUCAAGCCAAGGCCUCCCUUCCAUCAGAUGGAAAAUGUCUUCUCCUACCCCGGCUCGGUGUCCCAAGAUCUCUGGAACAAAGGGCCGGCCUCGCUCAGCAACGUGUCCCACCUCAAAAUCUGCAUCACCCACGUGGCCGGGGGGGGCCUGCCCAGCAUCAAGAGGCUGGAGGUGUGGGGACAACCCGCCAAGUCCUGCCCACAGGAGGUCAUCGAGGGGGUUUUCCAGGUGGCCUCGCAGUUCCUGGCCCAGGAUGUCAGCAGCCUCAAGCCGGAGCUCUGGACGCCGAUGGAGAGCGACUGCGUCCCCUUCAGCGCCAACGAGCAGCAGACCCUGCACAAGCUGGUGGACGUUGUCCAAGACAUCCCUGAAGAGUUCCUGGACCCCAUCACCCUGGAGAUCAUGACUUUACCCAUGCUCCUGCCCUCUGGGAAGGUGAUUGACCAGAGCACCCUGGAGAAGUGCAACCGCAGCGAGGCGUCCUGGGGCCGCGUGCCCAGCGAUCCCUUCACGGGCGUGGCCUUCAGCCAGCACUCCCAGCCCCUACCUCACCCCACCCUCAAGGCCAGGAUAGACCACUUCCUGCUGCAGCACAGCAUCCCUGGCACCAACCUGCUGGGCAGGGCUCACUCCUCGGAGAGCCUGGUGCCCUCCUCCAUCACCAUGUCUUCUCUGAAAAGGAAAAUGGACUGCAUGGACCAGGGCUCCCUGCAGCCGCCCUAUUUUUCUGCUACAAACUUACUUGUCACUUCUACCUCAGAGAACAGUGCUAAAAAAAUGAAAACUGACAGUGAUUCCCACUUGAUCCAGAUGGACUGUUCCACAGAGCUGGUGUCCCACGAGCAGAAGCUGUCAGAGAGCCUGGACUCUGCCCUGACCUCUGCCCUCAGCUCCAUGCCCUCCUUCACGGCCAAGCUGAUGAGGAGCCAGCAGCAGGCUCCAGGAGAGGGGGGCUGCAGCACGUCCUGGAGCCUGGGCACAGCCCUUGAGCACGGCAGGAGCAGCCAGAGCCAGGGAUGUUCCUCCUGCGGCAAAUCCUUCUCGUGUUACUCCCGGGCGGAGCCCGUGUACCAGCUCCCCUGCGGGCACCUCCUGUGCCGGCCGUGCCUGGCCGAGCCGCGGGCCCCGGCCUCGCCCAUCCUCUGCGGGAGCUGCAGGAGGGCAGCGGCCUCUCAGGACGUCCGGAGGGUUCAUUUCUGAGCUGCUGCUGUGCCCCGUGUCCACAGGGAGCCGCCAGGAGCCGCGGAGAGCAGAGAGCGCUCGCUCCAGUGGGGGUUUGGGGGGGUUUGGAGCCCGAGGAUGACAAAAGCCAUAGCUUCUUUAUCAAGGAAUCUGUAUUUGUGCAGGACUGGUCUGCAGCACUGCCCCGGGGCUCAGAGGUUUAGCACAGGUGCCUUUUGGAGCAGCUCAGCUUCCCCCCUGCCCUCACGCUGCGAGUUCGCGCCACGUUCAACCAGCAGCCAGCCCGGUUGUGGAGCAGGUAAAAGCCCUUGUGAGUGACAGCACACACAAAUUCCCUCCUCUGACCUCCUCCCCUUGCCCACCUGGCCCUCCCAUCCUGGAAUGGGCCUGGCUGGGGUGGGAGGAGCUGGCAGUGAUCCCCCCCUGCUCAUCAGACUCUUGUAGAAAAGCCAUCCCAUCCCACCCUCAGUUGAUGUGUGUGAGCAGCCCAGCUCCUGGCUGGCUGAUAGACAUUUAAGCCUUAAUAAAAUGUUUAA